CAUGACUAGAUUUACACUGAAGGCAUCCUGUAGUUUGUUUGACAAAAAAGUGUAAAAUAGCUCAAAAUAUUAUAUAUUUCAGACAGAUUUUUUGCUUUGAUUUCUGCUUUACACACACACCUGAAAUGGUGUGACUCGUCUAAGGUUAAUUUGUGGAAUUUCUAGCUUUAAUGGGACCAUAAAAGCACAGAAAACCAUAAAAUGUGAAGGUGUGUUGAAACAUUUGACUGGUAGUGUAAAUUUUAUAGGUUUCUGUGAAAAUUUUUUUUAUUUGAUUGCAUUGUUUGGACUUCUUUGGUGAUUUUUCAUAGAUGAGUUACUUCUCAGCAUGUGCUUGCCUCAGUGACAGAAUCAAAUAUCCAACAUUUUUUCGUACAGUCUCCAGUGACUAUUUCCAGGCAAAAGCUUUGGCAGCACUAAUGAGGCAUUUUGACUGGCAGUGGAUUGGAGUCAUACAGUCAGAUAAUGACUAUGGCCGGAGUGGGGUAAACGGGUUUACUGAAGAAGUUAAAAAGUUUGGUGUCUGCAUUGCAUUUGUUGCGACAAUCCUACGGACAUACACUAUAAGUAAAAUUUUAACCGUUGUGGAAAUAAUCAGAAAGUCAACUGUCAAAGUCAUUCUGGCUUUUGCUACUGAAGGUGACUUUUAUCCUUUGAUGGUAGAGAUAUUGAAAAACAACAUAACAGGAAUUCAGUGGAUUGCUGCUUAUGGCUGGAUAACAGCAGCUCGACCUUCCACACCAGAAAUGUACCAGGCUUUUGCUGGAACUCUAGGAUUUGUGGGUCAGAAGAUGGCUAUUCCAAGACUGAAACCAUUCCUUACAAAUAUUGAUCCAUAUAAAAACCCAAAUGCAGCUUUUGUGGGAGAUUUCUGGGAGGUUAUGGUCACUGAAAAGUUACAAACAUUAAACUUCACAAAUCAGUUUGGAGAUAACAUCUUCUUUGAUGAGAAUGGAAACCCACCAGCCUAUUAUGACCUGAUCAAUUGGCAGCUGAUUAAUGGGAAAGUUCCAUCUUCAUUGUGUUCUAAUGAUUGCCCAAGAGGAACCAGGGAAGCUCAAAUUAAAGGAAAACAUCCCUGUUGUUUUGAUUGCAUAUCUUGUGAUGAUGGAACCAUUGCCAACUCAACUGCAGAGUGCUCACCCUGUCCACAGGAAUACUGGUCCAAUGACAGGAAGGAUGAGUGUAUUCCUAAAACUACUGAGUUCCUGACAUACCAGGAACCCAUAGGAAUAGCAGUCACAGUGGUAUCUUUGCUAGGAGCCUCUCUGUCAGUGGCCACAUUGAUGGUCUAUAUCCGCUACAGAGAAACUCCUGUGAUUAAGGCCAGCAACUCUGAACUGAGCUGUUUCCUGCUGUUCUCUCUCUUGCUGUGUUUUCUCAGUCCUCUCACUUUCAUUGGCAGACCCACAGUCUGGACAUGCAUGCUACGCCACACAGCGUUUGGCGUGACCUUUGCCCUUUGUAUUUCCAGUGUCUUGGGAAAAACAAUUGUUGUUGUCACAGCUUUCAAAGCCACAUUUCCAGGCAACAAAUCAGCAACAAAGUUUGCUCCCUCACAGCAAAGGAUCAUUGUUUGCUCCUGCACUGUGAUCCAGAUAAUUAUCUGUGUAUUGUGGCUUAGGCUGAACCCACCUUUCCCAGACAUGGUUUUCAGAUACAACAAUAAGAAGAUUGUUUUAGAAUGCAACCCAGGCUCUGAGGCAGCUUUCUACGCAGUGCUGGGCUACAUAGGACUGCUGGCAAUAAUAUGUUUAGUUCUGGCAUUUCUAGCUAGAAAGUUGCCUGAUAACUUUAAUGAGGCUAAGUUCAUCACGUUCAGUAUGCUGAUUUUCUGCGCUGUGUGGAUCACCUUCAUUCCAGUCUACAUCAGCUCUCCAGGGAAGUUCACUGUAGCUUCUGAAACAUUUGCAAUUUUGGCUUCAGUGUUUGGUUUAUUAAUUUGCAUUUUUGCACCUAAAUGUUACAUUAUAUUUAUCAAACCUGAGAAAAAUACCAAGAAACACGUCAUGGGAAAAAAUUAAAUAAAAUGUGACUCAUUAGUCCUAAAUGCUACUAAUGCU